UCACUGAACGAAGAAAGAGAAGGACAAAGAAUUGUAAAAUAUCUUCGGACGUGAAAAUCCCAGCAGUUUUUCCACUUGUAUAUUUUUGUGUGAUAAGAGAGUAACCUUUAUCUGUGUUUUCGCAUGAUGGAAGAGGAGAUUUUGCCUGUGAAAUUUAAGAAGAUCCACAUCAAUCCCAAAUUCCGCAAUGCCCACAUAAAUCCGUCGUUCUUCACCAAACAUCCUGCCCUUCCUGCCAAUAUUCACGUGAAUCCCAAGUUCCUCGGCGUCCCGCAGCAUGUGGAGCCUCGUGUGGAGUUCCCCCAGAAGGAGCCCAUCUACAAGACGCGCAGGAAGAUCAUCCGGAAUGUUCCGUCCACGUCCGGGCAGCGCGUGAAGCACACGCCCACCACGCGCCUGGUGAAGAUCAGCAAGAACAAGCUCGUCCGGACGUCUAGUCAGGCACUGGCGGUGCCGCCGCAGAGCCUCCGGCGCAGGAGUCUGUACAAGAUCGACAGGCGGCAUCUCUCCAUCAAAUCCCCACCGCAGAACCUGCGCAAGCUGCGCAGCAGUUUCAGCCCAAAGAUCGUCACCACGACGAACAAGAAGCUGAUGAGAAUUGGCACUUCCUUUGUCAGCUUUUCGCCCCGCAAACUCUCCCGGAUCGCCGAUGGUGCCUCGAAAGCUGCCCCGCCAGCGUCCAGGAAGCUCUCCUUCCUCAACAUCAACGGCGUCCUGUACAAAUCCACGGCGAACAAGCUGCAAAAGUCAUCGGGAGUUGUCCAGACGGUUCUGAAGAGCCUCCAGGAUCGCGUUCUGUUCAUCCGCGGAGAGAAAUUCACGAUGGAUGGCAGUGGAAAGAGACUGCGAAAGUGCAACGCAUCCUCGACGGCGCUGAAGCUGACCAGAAUUCACUUCGGCGGCCUCACGUACACGUCCAAGAAAAACGGCACGUACGAGAGGACGAACUCUCACUUCACGAGAACGCAUUUGAGCAUCGCGAAGCAGCGCAGCAUCUCGUUCCUGGCCAACAAGAUGGUCAAGAGCAACCUUCCGUGCCUAAUCUACCGGCGUUUGGGGAAGUGUCUGGCCAAGGAGCGCGGCAGGUGCCACAGAGUGCACGAUCCCGACCAGGUGGCGGUGUGCAGGAAGUUCCUGAAGGGCGCCUGCAAGGACGCCGCGUGCCUACUGGCGCACAAGGCGGAUCUGUCCAAGAUGCCCACGUGCAAGUUCUUCCUGGAAGGCUGCUGCACAGCGUCGGAUUGUCCGUAUCUGCACAAGAAGCUGAACGAGAAGACGGAGAUCUGCAGAGACUUCCUCCAGGGAUUCUGCAAGCUGGCUGAGAAAUGCUCCAAGCGACACGAUCUCAUCUGUCCGGACGCCGAGGCCAAGGGUGUUUGCGAGAAGCCGCGAUGUCCGUUCCCGCAUCCGCAGAAGAGGAUUGCCGGCGAGAGAGUGGCCAAGAGCGACCCACCGAGCGUGCUGAAGAGCGACAAGGUGCGCUACUUCCGCGAGGAGUGCGACCAGGAGGCGAUCGAGCUGAGCCAGGAGGCACAGGAGCGCCUGGCCAGGACGCUGGCCAAGAUUGACAGGAUGAAGAGGAACUACCGCGUGACUGGUGAGAGUCUGGCCGUGAGUGAGUCCGUGGAAAUAGUGCCAAGUGUUCCCGUGAGGAGGCCUCCGAUCGGGGAUCUUCCCAGCUUCAUCCCCUUCUGACCGGCUUCCCUCUG